GGGGGGGGGGGGGGGCGAAGCUGGUUCUGUGAUUGGUCAGCGCAAAUGCAGACGUAUCAAGACCGCCAAAUUUGAAACGAUGGUUCAUGAACCGGAUUGGAUAAACUCUCAAAAAUGUGAAAUAAGUAGGGGGUGUACUUCACAUAUACACUACAAUAUGGUAAAAUUGAAAUUGCAACGAUUGAUGCAUGAUUUUGUAUUAAAAUAUUCUCAUUUGCUUAGGUUUACACCUUUGAGACUGUUGCAACAUAACCCGACUGUAAGUCUUUCAACAAAAUUCAGAAGAAGGAUUUACAGCUCUGUAGUCAUGUAUGAAACAUUCAGCUCUGCAACUUCUUUGCAGAUCUGAUCAACUAUACAUUCAACUCAUCAGGUAGUUUCAGUAAUAUUUUAAUUGAUUAAUUACAAAUAAUUAAUUCUAAUAUUUUACAGUAUAAUAAAAACCCACACUCCCUUUCUCAAAAUCUUCUCACAAUAAAAGCAAGCUCGGGCAUCUAGUUCGGAUGCCUCCUGGACGCCUCCCUGGGGAGGUGUUCCGGGCAUGUCCCACCGGUAGGAGGCCCCGAGGAAGACCCAGGACUCGCUGGAGAGACUACGUCUCUCGGCUGGCCUGGGAACGUCUUGGGGUCCCACCGGAAGAGCUGGAGGAAGUAUCCGGGGAGAGGGAAGUCUGGAACUCUCUGCUUAGACUGCUGCCCCCGCGACCCGGCCCCGGAUAAGCGGAUGAAAAUGGAUGGAUGGAUGGAUGGAUGGAUGGAUGGAUGGAUGGAUGGAUGGAUGGAUGGAUGGAUGGAUGGAUAAAAGCAAUCCAUGCGUAUUAGCAUGUUCUAUGCUUUUGAAUGGAUAGUAACUGACACUGUUUUAACUUUACCAGUUGCGCACACACAUCCUCCAAAUCCUUUCAGAAUUAACACAUAAGUCAAAAUCAUUAGCUUUCGUAGAAAAUCUUUUACUGCUUCAGCUUUUUCUUCAUCCACCACUCAUAUCCUGUGGCUGAAUGGUAUAAGUCCUUGACUUGGGAGUAGGAGAUCUGGUUUUAAUACCUUUUGGAGGUGUGUUUAUGCAUUCAGUUCUUAAUAUAACUAUAGUGAUUUCCUUCACAUAAAUUGAGUUAUAUAUUUAAUGUAUCAGGAAUCUUCUGGUUUCCUUUACAUAAAUUCAGUUAUAUAAUAUAUCAGCAACCUUUAGCUAUAUUAUAAAACGGUCAUCUGUUACUAGUCAUUCACACCGUUUUACACUUUAGCAAUUAACCACACACACUUUUCAAAAUAAAAGCAUAAAUUCAGAUCUCCAGCUUUAUAUAGCGAUAUUUCCGCUUUCAACUGGUUUAUUAUGACUAUAUUACAUGGCUAUUUUACAGUUUAUUACUUAGGCACACACUUCCUCCAUAUCCUUUCAAAAGCACCAAUCCAAAUCUUAACACUAAAUAGCCCAUUUACUGCUUUUGACUGGUUAAUUAUGAUUAGUUAAUGAGACUAUAUUACUGUUUAGUAAUGCACAUGCUACCUCCAAUUCUACAACUUUUCCAAAUUUAAAAUUUAGCUACUUCGUCUGCAGCUACUGUCAGCUGUUUUAAAUGUUUCCAUAACAUUUAACUAUUCUUUCAGCGCCUAGACUCUAUUUACUGUACCUAUUUUGAUACAUUCAGCUAUAUUUCGUCAAAUUUAGCAAUCAUUUACAUAUUUCGUUCUUUUUAGUGUUUUUUGAACUUUCCUUAAUUUGAAAUUCAACUGCUUCAACUUCUUUUGAAAAUCUUCAGCUCUGUUUGAACAACACCCAGUUCUGUCCAGACACAUUCAUCUAUACUUUAUGUCCUUAAAGGGGUCAUAUCAUGCAAAAUCCAUUUUUUAGACAUUUUGGAGCGUUCCUAUGACUCUAUGGGUCACAUUUACACACACUGAGCACAGUAGAAAUGCAUUUCCUCCUUUUUUUUUACAUUUUUAAAAAAAUUUAAAUUCUCUCAUCCAGUGGAGACAGACCUUGUCCUACUUUGAAACCGUUCCCCUGUUGUCAUCACACAUGUCACACACAAUUCAUCCCUGCAAAUCCUGAACCACCACCCCCACAAUGAUCCCGAACCAAAACUGGACUUCCGCUAUUUCCCCCCUCUCACUCACCGUGAACAGACGAGCACAGCAGCGCCCAAGUCCUCCCAUAGAAAUAGUUCGGUUCUUGGGUGUUUUAACCAACACCAAGUCUAUUCACUUUAUCAGGGGAUCAACAAGUGAGGACUUUGUGAUUUUUUUUUUAUUUUAAAUGGACCGGUGCUCGAAAUACUACCUCAGCAUUUAUACGUAUGUGCAUUUCAAACGAGGGUGCAUACAAUGCUGAAUUUGUUUCACGGCUCCUGUUGGAAAAAAAGGAUCUAUUCCUACAGUCCGUCAUCCACUCACUGAAUACCUUUUGUUUUGAUGAGGUGAUGGUGAGGACAGCCACAGCUUCCAUCUGGUAGAGGACUGCUUCCGCUCAGUCUUCCAAAUAGUGAUGAGAACAAGGAUCACCACAUCUCCCUGGUCAUCUAUUUACAACUAUACUUGUCCUGCUGCAGAAACAAAUCUCCAACAUAACAGUACCAGUAACAGUAACAUAAUAGUGUACCCCCUACCCAGGACAUGGUCUGUUUACCCUACUUCCAUCAAAAUUUCAUCUACAAUGCCCUGCAAAAGCUUCUGUCCUCAAGCCCCCAGAAUUCUUAAUUAACUCGGUAACCUAUACAUUGCACUUUGGAGUGUGACAGGUAACAGUUUGUUCUAGCUUUGGAGUAGUGGUGCAUUUUGUUGGUUGACAAUAAAGUUGGUUUUAAUUAUUAUGUAUUUCACUGAACUCUGUUUCUGAAAGGAAAACACUUUUAUUUAGGAAAUCAUACUGUAGUAUUGAAAUUACAUGUUUUUCUCUUUCUAAUAUUGUAAGCUGGUUAACCGGCCAUAAAUAAAAAGCAUAUAAAGUAUAUAUAAAUUUUUUAAAAAAUUAUUAAUGAGUAUUGCACUCACAAAAAACACAUUUUUAAUCAAAUGGUAAAGGAGUUAUUCCACAGGUCUACAUCCAUCAUACAAUGAGUGUUUUAGUGUUUUAUCCAUUAGUAAACUCUACAACCUACAAGCAUGAAGAGAUGGCAACUCAGAUUCUUCAACCCAGUAAUCCCCAGCACCAGCUCACUAGCCUCUGUAGACUACAUACCUGUAACAACUUGAGAUACAGAGACAUAUUACUGUCAGAUUUAUCAAGAAUGAUCAAAAAACAUAAUUAAAAGCAGUAAAAAUACAUCAGGUGAAUAUAUAAUUUGAACCAAGCUUUUUGUUCCCAGGUAGGUCAUGCAGUGAUUGCUCUAAAUAUCAAUGCACAUUUUUAAAAUAAAAUUAUGUCAGAGCAGCAGCACAAGUAAGACAAAAACAGUGAAAUGUGUAAAUGUAAAAUGUAUUUAUAUUAUUUCAGGUAGGUUCCAGGUAAGUCGUGUUGUGAAUACUCAAGCUGCAUAGGCCAUUUAACAUAGGCAUUAGCAACCGCUAGUCACUUUGCAAAUUACAUAAAUCAGUUAAAUUGAAGUAAAUGCGACAUUACCGAUGAGACACAUCUUGCAUCAGCCGAAAUGUGGUGACUUCAACAGCCUCCUCUUCAGCUUCAGGGUCAGAUUCAGGAUUGUAGACAUAUUGUUCUACUACGCUACGAACCAGCUGGCUAUUGUCGUGCAGUCCUGUAGUGGGUCUUCUUCUUCUGUGGAGGUUUGCGGUGGAUUGCAUUCUCAAUGUCGCACUAUUGCCAUCUAUUGUAUCCUAACCGUACGGUGGCUCGUAUCCAUGAAGCCAAUUUUAAAAAAAACAAAACAACAAAAAAGGUAUGUGUUUCCGCACAGAGGUGUGGCGAGCAGCUUCGCUUGCGACACACCCAGAAAACACAGCGUUUGCUGAUGAAAACCACAUAUUGACAGGGGCAGUGUGGACGAUCUACAGGGUUUUAUUGGAUGAAAAAGAGACCUUACUGAGACAUUUAAGUCCAAUAUUCUUCAGAAUGAAAAGUAUGAUCAGUGUCCUUUAAGCUACUUUUAGAUAUGUUUUAAAUGUUUUAGCUAUUUUUAGCAAUUCUUCAGCAUUACAUUCACCAUAGAAACGUUCACUGUGCCUUUUUCUAUGGAAAUGCAACCAGCUGCUGAAACCAAGCAAAUCUGUUAAGUAAACAAUCGGAGCAAAAAAAACAUAAAAAAAAAUAAAUAAGAAGCAGGGAUGUACCUUAGGCUAACAAAUUCAUAACUAAACAAUUUUUGUACUGUGGUUUACCUUGGAGAUUAAUACUAAUACCAAUAAUAGUGCUAAGGUAUGUGCACAUACUAAUACAAACAUAUACAUACAAUAUACAUACAUAUGUGCAUUAUUAUACAUAUCCCAUACUACUUAAUAAAAGUCAUGACAUACAACACCACAAAUUCCAUAUUCACACAUUAUUCAUAUUGGUAGUGAUAAGUGUCAAUAAUACUUACAGUUGGAUUUGGAAAGUGUCCCACUACAAGGUUAGUAAGGCUGUAGCUUAACAUUAUUCACCCAAAGGGUGAGGCAGACGUUGGUGCAUGAACAAUGCCACUUGUGGAAGCCAGGGUGAUGUGAGGGGCUCGGCCACUACGCCCAUCCAGCAAGCAGAGGAAGGAAUCCCAGCAGCCAGGGAGGCCACACACCUUCAGUUCCAGGAGGGCAGGUGUUGCGACCCAAGCCGCCCACACAGAGCCCCCCAGGCAGAGCUGCAGCAGCCACAGAGACAGCACCCGAGGCCAGAGUGGGCCACCGGAGUCAACGCUGUCCACCCUAUGAGAACCAGGGGCAAACACUCCCCCCGGCGGGAGGGUCGGCCUGAAAGAGUAGAGCUCGAGGACCCACGGUCCGUAGGGAGCCCGCCAGAAGAUGCCCCCGCGCCCAGAGUGGGGCCCGCCCCCAGUCCACCACCCCCACACGAGCGGAGCGGGGCCUACCCCAUCGGCCCGACCUCAUCCCCUGGCGCCACAGCGGCCUGCAGCACAAGGCCAGCAAUUGGUGGGGUCAGCAGAAAAGAGACCACCCAGGCAGACGGUCAUCGUACCCCGGGCAAAAAACCGGACCCCCCACACUUCAACCGCACCACACGCAUACCAACCUGCCUGUUACUUUGAAUGACCGCCUGCCUUUGUGACCUCGUCAUUGCCUGAUUUAUACACUAUAGCGCCAAAUCACAACAAAGUUCUCUCAGGGCACUUUACAAAGUAAGGUUUAAGACCUUACACAACUAAACCCAACAGAUCCCACAUACAGCAAGCAUUUAAUUUGAAAGCAACAGUGGAAAGAAAAAACUCCCUCUCUAAUGAGGAAGAAACCUCCAGCAGAACUAGUGUGGUUAAUUCUGAUCCUCUUAUGGGGUUAUGUCUGACCUUAGUGGGUCUGGGAUAUUAGGUGUUUUUUUUAGUUGCCACAAAUGUCAAGUUGACCUUGGUGUCAGGUUGGCCACUAAAACAAAUAAACUGCUGCAGCUGAGUAAACAAGGACUUUUGAUGGACACGUAGGCACUUGCUGGUUGCAUAAACAACACUGCUUUAAACAGUGGGCAUUGGGAGAUGCGUUUUUAGAGUGCUUCGCAGACGGUCUGCUGCAGACACCCAGCUGACCUUUUUCGACCUCUCAGUUCUUUCUGCAGAAGAACCAGCGAGUGAAUUCGCCCACCACCUCUCUAAUGAUUAUGCUGUGAUUGUACUAUUUCAUUAUAUGUAAUAAAUUCAUAUGCUGUUGAUUUAAACUUCAAAGUUGAGUCCGUGUGUAAUCUCUAGCAAGGUCGGAACAUGAAAUACACGACACCAGGCUGGAUGUGGGGGCCAUCUGCCUUGAAUGGUUGGGGUGAGGGGAUAGAGAGAGAGAAAAGCACAGCAACAACAAGCAACAACUGAGCACAGGCAGGAUGGUUGGACCAGGGACUGGAUACAGGCAGGAUGGUUGGAUCCGCAGCUGCCCAUCACAGAUACCAAACUUUGAGUCCAGUGGUACCUGUAGGUGAGGACAGAGUGAAGGAGAGAGAGAGAGAGAGGGAGAGAAGCACAACUACUGGAGAGAAAGAGACAAGGUUAGUGAAACAUGAAACAAUGAUGGGAGGUUAUUGGACAGAGGAGGUAGAAGGAAACAGAGGAGCUCAGUGUAUAAAUUAAGUCCCCCAGCAGUCUAUGUCUAUUGCAGCUUAACUAAGAGAUGGUUCCUGUGACUAACAAUAAUUGCCAGUGACCUGAACCAUCUCUAACCAUAAGCUUUAUCAAAAAGGAAGGUUUUAAGCCUGAUCUUAAAGGUGGAGAGUGUGUCAGCUUCUCGAACCUGAAGAGGGAGCUGGUUCCAGAGGAGAAGAGCUUGGUAGCUAAAUGCUCUGCCUCCUGUUCUACAUUUAAAGACUCUAAAAACCACAAGUAGCCCAGCGCUCUAAGAACGAAGUGUUCUGCUGGGAGCAUAAGGAACUACGAGGUCUUACCCAUAAGUAGCUUUAUUGUUGAGUACUUUGUAGGUGAGUAGGAGAAUUUUUUUACAGGCAGCCAGUAUCAUCUGCCUAACAAUGAAAAUAAUAGAAUGCUUCCUAAUAAUCUCACCAAGAGGAGACAUGUAUAGGCUGAACAGAAUUGGAUUAUUGAAGUUAACUCCAUAUGAGUUAUGGGGAAGAAGCUGUCUAGGUAAGACAGUUGAUUGAUCUAGACAGUGAUUUCUGUCAUUUAGAAGAAGUCGCUGCUGAAUGUCUUCUCUAAUGGUAGUGGAUUUAAGGGGAUAGUAAGCUCAACACAGCUAUGACUCUUAGUCAGCCUGGCUACAGUGCUGAAAAGAAACCUUGGGUUAUAUGACAGUAAUUUAUUAACAAGGAUUUAGAUGAGAGAUAUCUGAUAUUUAAUAAACCGCAUUUUAUUAACUUACUGUUACUUUGUUCUGUAAGAGGAACCGUUUGAAUGUUUAUUAAAUUCUGUCACUCCUCCCUGAUUUGUUUUUGACUUGUAUAGUUUAGGUGGUCGAGAAGCAGACACAGUCUCUAUGCGAUAACUAAGACUAGGAGUGGGUGGCGGCUGUAGAGAACAUGCAGAGAGGCGUAUAAGACUGUGACUCUGCAUCCUGGGCUCCACUCUGAGUUGUCACGUAGUGGGGAGACUAAGCAACAUGGCCAUGUUACUAGAGAGCAGAGAGGCUCCGUUCAACGUGGGAUGGACGCCGUCUCUUCUAAUCAGCCCAGGUUUUCCCCAAAAACUGGUCCAAUUAGCCACAAAGCCCACACCGUUUGCAGGACACCACCUAGACAACCAGCGGUGGAGCGAUGACAGCCGGCUAUACAUGUCAUCGCUGGUCACAUUGGGGAGGGGUCCAGAGAAAACUACGGAGUCUGACAUUGUUUUGGCAAACGAACACACCGACUCAAUGUUAGUUUUAGUGACUUCCGAUUGGCGUAACCGGGCGUAAUUAGCUCCUGCGUGUAUUACGAUCUUAGCGUACUUACGCUUAUCCUUAGACAGGAGCUUAAGAUAAGACUCAAUGUCGCCCGCUCUGGCCCCGGGUAAACACUAUGACCGCUGGAUUCUCUAACUUCACGUUUCGGACUAUGGAGUCACCAAUGAUCAGAGUGGGUUUCUCAGCGGGUGUGUCGCUGAGUGGAGAAAAUCUGUUUGAAACGUGAAGCAGUUAUGCAAACUAUAGACGAUUAAGGUUUGUGUAACUUUUAAGAGUUUGAUGUAUCCACCAAAUUAUAAGCAGAGGUAACGAGAGAACGCCUGUUUUAUUUUCUGUUUGUCUCUAAACAAAAAGAAAAAUCUUAAUUCAAAUUCCAUGUCUUUUUGUAAAAAAACAAAUAUUUUGCCUGGUUUUUUCGUUUGUAAGGCAGUGCUUUGAUUAAAAUCUGUUUGUCGCUCAUAGAAAGAGAAAUGAGAAGGCUGGUGAAUGAAUGGAUGAACAGAUGGGAAAUUAAAAUGUUAAAAAGUACAUGCGCCAAUUAAGUGAGUUCAUCCACUCAAUUACAAUGACACGCACAGUCAAAACAAGUCAAACUGCAGCUCUGCAGACACAGAGUAAACGCCUACAGACAAACAUGUUGCUGUAAUGCGUCGCUGUGGAUCUGUUGAGUUUUGGCGUCCUGUCAAAGUUACAAUCGACAACUGCUGUACAACAAAUUCCCAUGAAUAUAACAGUUAUUUACAUAAAAUCUACGACUAUUGGAAAACAUUCAUUAACAAGUUGUGGAAGUUUAAAACCUAAAUAAGCGUCUGUAGUCGCAGCUUUCAGCUUUCAUUUGCAGUGUGGAAUCACCUGAUUUUUAGCGCGCUGGAGCUGUGUUAUGUCUUUUUGGCCUAUUGGUAGCGAUCAGCCCCCACACUGGUCUUUAUGACGCUGUCUUAUGGGCCAUGUAGUGUUACGCAUCAACGCCUCCGUGGUGUAAUGGUUUGUGUAUUGUUAAACAGCCUUGAUGUGUCAAUUUUUUGUCUCGGUUUCGAAACUCGGUGGAAGCAGAAGUUGUUGCUUCCGUUUAAAGGACACCUUGACUAUGUCUUACUGGUUUACUGUUUAACUUGACCACCUUAAAGUGGUCAAAGUGGUUUAUGCUGCAGAGCAGGAGUUAUUUUCGUUUUCAUUCAGUAAAAAACGAACAUUAACAUUUAUUGUGAGUAAUAAGCACAUGUAAAACAAACAAGCUGCUGCAUUAAUGCGUUGUUGAUCUGCUGAGUCCUGACGUUCUGACGCACCGUAGAGAAAGAUUUAAUACAAUCCACUUACAGAUUUUAUGUGAAGGUCCAUAAGAACGGCGUUUAAAACAGUGAAGUGAAAGGUUUUUAAUGUCAGGAGUAUAAGAAAAAAGACCAUUGGUUUUAGAAGCAAGAUGUUGUUUAAUUAGCAGGGGAUCAGAUCAGGGGACUCUGCCAGUGUGCGCACCCAGCUGAUACCUUCUGCCUCCAGACAGGCUCUUGCAGGGACAUGUUUUAAGAAUAAGAAUAAGAAUAAGAAAACCUUUAAUAGUCCCGCAGUGGGGAAAUUACCUCUCACAACAGCAGUACAGAUGAGCAAGAAUACAGGUACAGAACAGUUUGUGUUGGCACAGUACAAAGCAGUACAGUACAGUUAGAGUGAGUAUGAGGUCAUUGCAGGGUUAUUGCACAGUAAUGGGUAUAAGAUUUGUACCGGUAACAAUAUACAUGAUUGUUCACAGAUUUACACAAAUAUUGUGCAGAGCAGGUUGCUAUAUAAACCACUGAUGCAGUGGGUGAGUGACUGUGGUGGGAUGUGGUCAACAGUUCUGAUUGUACAGUCUGACAGCAGCAGGUAGGAAGGAUCUACAAUAUCUCUCCUUCACACAGCGAGGGUGGAUCAGUCUGCUACUGAAGCUGCUCUCCAGAGCAGACAGUGAGUCCUCCAGUGGGUGAGAGACCUGGUCCAUGAUGGAUGUCAGUUUAGCCAGGACCCUUCUCUCACCCACCUCCUGCACCGUGUCCAGAGUGCAGCCCAGGACAGAGCUGGACUUUCUGAUGAUCCUGUCCAGUCUCUUCCUGUCCCUCGCUGUGAUGCUGCUGCCCCAGCAGACCACACCGUACAGGAUGGCCGAUGCCACCACAGAGUCAUAGAAGGUCUUCAGGAGUGGCCCCCUUACUCCAAAAGACCGCAGUCUCCUCAGCAGGUAGAGUCUGCUCUGACCCUUCCUGUACAGUGCAUCCGUGUUAUGAGUCCAGUCCAGUUUAUUGUUCAGAUGCACUCCCAGGUACUUGUAAGAGUCCACUCUCUCAAUGUCCCUUCCCUGGAUGUGCAUCGGUGGUAUGACAGCAGGCUGCUGUCUGCGGAAAUCCACCACCAUCUCCUUCGUUUUCCCUGCAUUGAUCAGGAGGUGGUUCCGCUGGCACCAGUCCACAAAGUUCUGAGUGAGUCCUCUGUACUCUGCAUCGUCAUCAUCGGUGAUCAGUCCGACGAUCGCAGAGUCAUCAGAGAACUUCUGCAGAACACAGCUGUCCGUGUUGUGUCUGAAGUCUGACGUGUAGAGGGUGAAAAGGAAGGGGGCCAGUACAGUCCCCUGUGGGGCCCCCACACUGCAGGUCAGAGUGUCAGACACACAGUCCCUGGCUCUCACAAACUGAGGCCUGUUUGUGAGAAAGUCCAUAAUCCACUCCGUCAGAUGAAGGUCCACACCAGCCUCCUCCAGUUUGUGUUUCAGAAGCAUCGGCUGGAUGGUGUUGAAGGCACUGGAGAAGUCAAAGAACAUGAUCCUCACAGUGCUGCCGGGCUUCUCUAGGUGGGAAAGGGCUCGAUGUAGGAGGAAGAUGACAGCGUCGUCUACUCCUAUGCCGUGUCGGUAGGCGAACUGCAGCGGGUCCAGGUAGGUUCCCACUGCAGAGCGGAGGUGACCCAGGACCAGUCUCUCCAGUGUCUUCAUCAGGUGUGAUGUCAGAGCCACUGGUCUGAAGCUGCUGGGGUCUUUGGCGUGCGGUGUCUUGGGCACUGGUACCACGCAGGAGGUCUUCCAGAGCUGUGGUACCACCCUCAGCUUGAGGCUCAGGUUGAAGACAUGCUCCAUAACUCCACACAGUUCGCCUGCACAGGACUUAAGGAGUCUGGAGCUGAUGCCGUCUGGUCCAGCUGCUUUCCUGGCCUUGAUCUUCCUGAGCUCACUUCUCACCUGGGUGCUGGAGAAGGAUAGGGGUGGAGGGAGUGUCUUAGUGUGGUGUGAAGUGAGGGGUUGAGGAAGUGACUCAGUGUGGUGUGAAGUGAGGGGGUGUGGUUGGGAUGAGUCGCCAGUCGUCAGGGCUGAGGGUAGAGGGCUUUGUGUAAAGGUGUGAAGGGCUGUGGGGGCUGGUAAUCCAGUGGUAUGAGGUGACAAGAGGUUCGGAGGCAGCUGCUGGGAGGUGUGAGUGGGUGCUUGGUCAAACCUAUUAAAGUGUGAGUUCAGCUCGUUGACCCAGCUCAGGUCCCCCUCAGCCUGUGGGUGUGGAGCUUUGAAGCCUGAGAUGGUUUUCAGGCUCCUCCACACCUCACUGACAUUGUUCUGCUGCAGCUGCUCCUCCAUCUUCUUCCUGUAGCUGGACUUCCCCUCACGGAUUUUCCUCCUCAGCUCCUUCUGCACCCUCCUCAGCUCCUCCCUGUCCCCUGAUUUAAAUGCUCUCUUCUUCUCCUUUAGCAGAGCUUUAAUAUCAGGGGUGACCCAUGGUUUGCUGUUGGUGAAACACCGAACCCGCCUGGUGGGAACAGUGUUUUCACAGCAGAAGUUUAUGUAGUCCGUUACACAGUCUGUUAUUGCGUUAAUGUCCUCCCCAUGUGGGUCGCAGAGCUCCGUCCACACAGUGGUGUUAAAACAGUCCCUGAGAGCCUCCUCGCUCUCAGCUGUCCACCUCUUCACUGUGCGGGGCACCACCGGCUGCCUGUGUACAACAGGUUUAUACACAGGCAGGAGAUGCAGGAUGUUGUGGUCAGCUCUGCCCAGCGGUGGGAGGGAGGAUGCAGCGUAGGCCUCUUUGGUGUUGGCAUAGAAUAAGUCCAGGGUUUUAUUGUCUCUGGUGGGGCAGGUCACAUACUGGGUGUAUGUAGGCAGAGCAGCUGAAGGAGGUGCAUGGUUAAAGUCCCCAGAGAUCAGGAAGAGGGCCUGUGGGUGCUGUGUUUGCAGCCUGCUGGUGACUGAGAGCAGGGUCUCAGAAGCUGUGUCAGCGUUAGCGGAGGGUGGGACGUACACAGCAAUUAUUAUAACGUGUGUGAACUCCCUUGGCAGGUAGAAUGGCCUCAUGCCCACCGCUAACAGCUCAAUGUCUCUGUUACACAGCUUCAUUUUGACAGUGCAAUGUCGUGGCAUACACCACCUGAUGUUCACAAACACAGCCAGACCCCCUCCCUUCCUCUUACCGCUGUUCUCCGUUCUGUCCGCACGUAGCAGAUGAAAAUUGUCCAUUGUUUUCAGCUCGUUUAUUCAUUUUUAACACGCUGCUUUGAAUAAAUGCCGUUUGUACUUUUUUUAAACGAGAUGGUGGGGGUUUCUCAUUACAAUACGAAGUUACUGGACUUACUGGGAGCGUGUCCAGACACCUUAACAGCUCCUCCGGGUUUAAACGUUCUAAAACGACGUGUUUUCUCAUGUUCCCAGAUUUUAUUCUGGAGGGGGAAAUCAAACCGUUAAAACGUACACGGACCCGACACUUAAAGACGAGGACAUACUGUAUAAAGACAGCAGCGACAUCAGCAAUUGACAACAAACACUAGUGCGUCUUGACAACUUGAUCCAAGUCAUCUGCCUAUGAAUAAGUGGCUCCUCAGCACCAUCGUUUGUUCUCUGCUUUUUUCUCAAAACGAAAAACCUGCUUUAAAUCCAAUUCCGUGCUUUGUGUCGAAAAAAACAACAACACUUGAAUUCCGUUUGUCACUCAUCAAGAGAGGAUGAAUUAAAACGAAAAUCCAGUUUGUUUUGUAUUUUUUCCUCAUGAUCAACAAACCAGAAGACGAGUACAGAUAUACACAUAAAAUACAUUUAUAACACAGAUUGAUGAAUAAAUAUAGAUUCCUUAUUUAUGUUAUUAUACUUAUAUUAUGCGUGUAGUGGAGGAGGUGGUCACCCGCUUGGAAGAGGAAUACUGGUGGUUAGACUACCCCAGUGUGGGGAAACUGUAUGACUGGUUGUGCUCAAGGCGUGAGGGAUUGGAGCGCGUCCAGCGCUCCGUGCCUGCCAACGCAACGGUCACUUGCUCAAUGCCAGCUCCUGUUUCUCCACCAACCUUCCACCGACCACCAGUCAGUGACCUCUGCUUAAAUCUGGAGAACAAUGCACACAAAACCAGAUUUCUUUUAACGUUUUAUUAGUCUAACACUACUGGAUAUAUGAAUAACAUAAUAUGGAAAUACUCAAAUAACAUAACAGAAAAUGAGAAAGCAAUCAGAAUGAGAUGAUCAACAGUAAAUGAAUCAGCGUGAAAACACAAACAAGACCUGAGUGAGUGAUGGCUUUGAUCAAGUGAAAAGAUUACUUGUCUCUAACUAAUGCAAAUUUAAGGAUAACUAAUGAAUUUGGAAUGUUAAAUUUUAGCGCUUUGAGAAACACCAGACUUCUCAGAGGAUUAGAGAUGUUCGUCUUGCCUUAGUUUGGAGCUGUAGGCCGCUGUGCAGCGUCUCCCAUUACCGGUUCGGUUGAGCAGGCGUGCCCUCUCUGGUCCAGGUGCCACGGCCUCUGGGCCAGGAAUCGUCGCCCGCGGUGAUGAUGACGGUUUGGGUUCAGCAAAGUAACAGUCAGCCAGGCUGGACUUUCCAAGGUAUUUCAAAGCGUCAGCGCUGCUUAAACUAGCCCAAAAAGGAAACGGGCUGGAAUCUAAUUUAAUUAAUUUGAUCAAAAAUAGCGAGUCAAUUAAGGACUGGUUGUAAUAAUUUCAGUUUCGCAGAGUUUCUUGAUGACUUUCUAACGUUACAAAUUUCGUUGUUCAUUCGUGUUUCCAAGUUUAACUUAGGUUUACAAAAUUUAAGAACAAAGGAAAAUUAAAGAAAAGUAAUGCGACGCGAAAAUAAAAGGUGAAAGAAGUUUGAAGGUAGAGGGAAAUCCGAUUCGCCUAGGGUGUCACUGGUUUAAAUACCCCUAGGGCAGUGGUCACUUCAGGGCGGAGAAAUGAGUUCCACCAGUGGUGAGAGUUCCACCUCUUCAGAUCAAGUAUCAAACUGUUUGAUUUGGAUCGCUCCUAAAUCUGGAUAACUAAGCUUUCCUCUUUUCAUCAAGCUCAAAGUUCCAUCACACCAUAACACAAUUGUCAGACUACGGCAGAUGUCAGACCCACAUGCACAGUGCAGACGAGGUGUUGGGUAAAUAAACAGCGUUUAUUGUCCAGGCGUAUUCAGGCAAUCCAGGGUCAUACACAUGAAGUCACAGUUCUCAGGAACAAAGGGAGCAGGCAAGAUCAGGACCAGAAAACAUGCAGGGUUCGGUACACAGGUGAGCUCGGCAGAGGUACAGACUAGGACUAGACAAAAACGUGGUCAGACAAUCAGGAACCAUCAGGUUCAGGUUCAGACAGGAUCGUGCAACAAGAUAGCUAUACGAGAAACACUGGAAAGUGGUCUUGGAACUCAACAAUUUGGCAACUGAGUGCUGGAGGAGGUGGAUCGUAAAUACCGGGUUUGAUUGCUAACAACUGGCAGGUGUGCUUAAUGAACCGGCGAUAACAAAACGUGUGCUCUGGGUGAAAACAGGAAGUCCACAAAAGUAAGACAGGAACUAAAACCAAAACAUGACAACCUAAGUCCUUUCAAAAUAAAACUGAAAACGAAACCAAAACCUGACAACAAUAAACAUGUAAUGAUCACUUUGACACUCAAAUAAGCAGAAAAGUCAGAAUGGUUAAACAGCAAUAUUAAAUGCAUAGAAUAUUAAGGUUUUAUACGUAGUCCCUUACAACGCUGUAACAAAUGAAAUGUUAUUCAUCGUGACUGGCUCUAUGUAACACCCAGUAAACACCAAAACAUACGCGAAUAAUAAAUGCAAGCAAAAUCAAAUUAUAAAUGACCUAAUCUGGACAUUACUAAUUUAAACAAUUGUAACACUUAAAAAUGUAAUACAAUAAUGAGGACCUAAUUGUAGCUGGUGGACAUAGUCUAUGUGUAUGUUGCACAGAUUAAAAGAAGUAAAGAAGGUGAGUAUCUGUAUUUCAACUUUGUGUCUUCACACAAAGGAAAGCAUGGUGAUAAGUAGAAGUCCCUUUGUAACUUUAGGAAUUUCCUGGCAAAUCUGUAGAUCAGGCAUUGAACAUCACACAUAAACCAAUCUAAUAUCAAAUGAAAACAUUUUUCUCCACAGAAUACAAUGAAAUCUGUUUCAUGGAAGUUGAAAGCUCUGGUGCAUCUGAACCAGAACUUGUGUCCAAAUAAAGUCUCUCGCUCUCUUUGAUGAGCACGUUCCACAUUUUAUGGCUGGUGGUCCCAGUUCUGGGAGAGACAGCUUCUUGGUGAUAAAUGUGACAGCCUGUCCUUUUAGAAUGAUAAGCAGAGGUGGAAUCCUGAGGGAUUUACAGGUAGAUCAACAAAGUGGACUCAUGGUUCUUUGAUAUGGACAUUUAAGAUGUUUGGACGCCAAUUGGUGCCUGGUUUGAUAGAAAACAGUCUCCUGUGGUGGAGAAAGAUUCAGGGUCCCUUAUCUCUAGGGACUGGAAAGGACGUAGAAGGCUCUUCAAUGAGGGAGUUAAGUUCACAUGUAGGUCAGGUUACCUCAGUCCAGACGUGGAUUGCUACACAACAGUCAUUCAGCUUAACCACUGGACCAAUGGAAGAUAUAGGAAAGGCACCGUAGAAUGAAUAGUAAUGGGUAAUGUCUGAUUUUUCGACAUUCGAUAUUUCAAUAUUUAUUUCAUAGCGAGUUAUUUCACAUUUGAGCACACAACAGAUACUUAAUAGUAAAAAAGAUUUAACUGCUACCACUGUAGGAGGCUCCGCACCGGCUAAAGGGGCCUGGCUAACUGGCCUGUUUUCUAAGGUGCAAAGCGGAGACACUAAGUCUAACAACAUCGCCUCCAAACCUGCAACUAGUGUACACUUAUUACAGAUACCAUUACCAUCACCAGUCUUUCAGCCUAGAACCACGUCCGUGACAGUACGAUCUGGCCAGACUUGGACCCAGCCAGCCUCCAGCUUGUGGAUCUUUUAGCUCUGAUUAUUUUUUGGUGUCUGGUGGAGAUGUUUGGGGUUUUCUACGGAUUGCGCCUGGAUCGACUUGCCCGCGGACCUCCAUUCCGGUUACAUGGAGCUCGCAAGGAGUUACCAGGAGACAUCCGACCGGAGGCGCAUCCGACCGGAGGCGCAUCCAACCGGAGGAGCAGCUGCGUGUAGUGGAGGAGGUGGUCACCCGCUUGGAAGAGGAAUACUGGUGGUUAGACUACCCCAGUGUGGGGAAACUGUAUGACUGGUUGUGCUCAAGGCGCGAGGGAUUGGAGCGCGUCCAGCGCUCCGUGCCUGCCAACGCAACGGUCACUUGCUCAAUGCCAGCUCCUGUUUCUCCACCAACCUUCCACCGACCACCAGCUCCUGCUGUGGUCCCUACUCAAGGUCAGUCCAUGCUUGGUCAUGUGGUCCUGCUCACGUGUCUGCUCCUGCUGUGCCUCUGUCCCCUGCCAAAGCCUCAUCUCCGGCGCCUCAGCAACAGCCCGGCCUGGUGAGACUCCUGUUCAGACCGUGUGUGCAACAUAUCUGGCCCCUGCUUUGGUUGCCGUCUGGCCGAGCCCAGCCCAAAUUCAAACCAGGUCCCAAUUCCUGCCCGUGUUGGCCCAGAUGAGGCCAUUCCGAAUUUCGUUGGCGGCCUCCUGGACACCUCGCCUUGCCUCGCCUCACCUUUAUCCUCCCUGAGAGGAUGAGUGGACUUUGUGUUGUUAAAAAGAUCACAACAAAACUAUAACUACUCACUGAACCCUUUUCUCCUUGUUUUCUCAUUAUCUCUUCACUGCCCCCUGCUGACUGCUUGGCUCAGGUGUUUUAGGGCAAGGACAAUCUGGAUGUCUAGAUAUAUUUAACACUAAUCUUUGAGGACUGGUGACUUUAAUGUUUAUUUUAACAUUACAGUUUUUUCAGCUGCAACAAGUAUAUUAAGUCUUCUUCUUCCUGCUGUCGCUGUUGCCCAAUGCUCCCAUCAUCCUUUGUUUAAUGGGCAUGUGUUUGAUGUUGUUGGGGCAAUGUGAGGGUGGUGGUAUUGCCAAAUGACUUAGUAACACCACCUGGUCUCAAAAAGGCAGAGUUUGAUUAAUCUCACACAGGUUUGCACCAAUUAUGUUGGGGAUAUGCGAGGAGCACAAAUUAUAAUAAUUGGAUUUAUAGCUCCUGAGUGGAGAUACCAAUUAUGUUUAUAAUUUAGAUUCACAAAAUUUGGUUAUUAGCUUAAAUAUAUAUAACUAUAUGACAAAGUCUAUAGUUUAAUAAGUGAAACACUUAACUAUUAUUGAUUUAAUAAUUAUUAAUUGAAUUAAUAAUUACUUAAUUUAUGGGGCACCACCCUGUUUCCAGGGACCAAAAACCAAUUUGGAAUAGCCAAUACACACUCAAUUGUGUUCAACUUAGUUGAAGGGUGAACUCCGUUCCUUAGCCGACUCAAUUCACCGUGCUGUAAAACCAUACAAAUAAUCACAGACAACGACCAAUUAAAUUAUGAACGCUUUAUUAAACAAUUGAUAUUAACUCCGGUGUCAACACUAUCUUGAAUAACUCAGCAAAUCACAACUUUGCAUAAGUUGUAUGGUGUGUUACUCUGGGCGUACUGUAUGGGUAUGUGCGUUACCUGAGAUAAGAGAUGUGUGUGUGUCUGUGUGUGUGUGUGCGAGAGAGAGAGAGAGAAAGAGAAAGGAGGAGGGAGAGCGCCCCCCUUUAGGGGCGUGGUGAGGUGGCACAGCUGCGCGCGUGUGCCGUUGAGCCCUUUGAAUGGAGCGCGCGUGUCUGGCGCUCACAGGGAAAGAAGCGUGUAAAGGAGUGUGAAGUGGGACUAGCGUGGAUAAGGCUUGCGGUCUCACAAACACGUGGGCCUAUAUUCGGUGAUAUAGUCACGUGAUCGCGGAAGCGUGCAGUGGUUGAAUCGUGCGCUUGGCGUGGUCACAUCAGAAACAGAGCACCGCACAGUAACACAAUAAAGCACUUAAGAUAGCAAAAUCACAGAUUACAACACUUCAAUGUGCACCUCUUAGAUUCAUGUAGAUCUAUAACAACGUUACAGUCACGUGAUCGCGGAAAUGCACAGUGAUCAGAUCGCGUGUGCAGGAAAAGAAACAACACAACAAUAAAACAAUUACUGAUCCCCUAAGAGUUCUACUCUGCUCAGACUUAGAAGAAGGCCUCUGCCUUACUGCUUAAUCCUGGUGAGAAGAUCCGGCAUUGCGUGCGUGCGUGCUUGCGCUGUUGCGUUCCGGUCCAGGUGUGCGUCGCGGUAAUCGCGUUGUGAUCAGCUGAUGCGGUGGCGAGUGAGGCAGUUAAGCUGGCGGUUUCCUGCCGUGUGGCUGAAAGUAGAUGGGUGAUCAGGCCUGUUCUCUGUGACGACGUCCACGGUUCAGCUGCUGGCUGCGGUGGAGGCUCCAGGCCUGCCGGUGCAGAGGGAAUCUCCAGGUGGGGAAGGGACAAGGGUCAGAGAGAACAAGGGAAAUGGGACAAGGUCGGAAUAAUAAGGGAAGGGAGAGGGUCAAAGAGAACAAGUGACGAGUCUUCGGUCACGGCGGCUUUUAUAACCUUGUUUUUGGUCAUGCCCCUCCUAUUGUGUGAUCCAAUCAGGAUGGCUAACGUCCAAGUUCCUCCUCCGUCGCAGCGGGGAGUCCUGACUUCUUAGGGGGAGCCAGGUAUGGGUCCCCAGCCUGGCGCCUGGUUUUGGCGCUCAGAUUUGAAAUCUUUGUUCUCACUCACUACUAUCAGGAUGAAGACAUUACACGCAGGCCGCAGUACCUCCUUUGUCUGAGCAUGUGGGACCUUAAUAAUAAUUCUGUUAAUAACAGAUUAUACAGAUGAGGUCCCCCAACAAUGUGUAUUCAUCUUGUGAAACAUUAGUACCUAAUGUGACAUCAUCCUUCAUCAUCUGGGAUAGCAAGUUCAGUUAAGACCAUUAAUAGCAUGUUGCUGUCUGAGCUUACAGCUGAGUCAUUAGGUCUCAGGUCUUUCCUUCAAAGACGUCUCUCGUAUUUGGCUAGAUUUUUCUUUUCCUUAAUUCCGACUAGAUUAUUUCUGAAUGAAUAACAUCAACAGUAGACAGAAUGCUGACGGGGGAAUGCAGUCAUUCUAACACAUCCACAUGAACAGGAGAAGAAAGGCGAAGGGAAGGUCAGCCAUGGCCAACUUGCAUUCUUGGCAGCGUUCACUCUUGCUUAUCAUUAGGGAGUAAGAAAGCAGAGAUUAUGGAGACAAAGGAGACAUGGAGGAGAAGAGCAUGUAGGCAUAUGGAGACAGAAAGGAGCACAUGCUGCAGAGCGUUGAUUUUAGAAGGUUAGAACUGCCUGUGCUGCCUGUGUGUGCAUAUGGGAAAGUUAAUUAGUUAAUUAAAGUUAAUGAUUUAGUUAAUUAUGACAAUAUAAUUUGGUAAUAUUGUUUGUCUUCUUUUUACCUUUAUACUUUUAUAUGGUGGUUUAUUGCAGCUGUGUUUUCCUCAUUGUGUUAUUAGUGCUGUUUAUUCACUGUAGCUGAGAUUCUAUAGUAGGUAAUACUGCAAAUGUUUUACUCCAUAGAGUUUAAUUUAACUGUCUAGAUCUAGCUCUAAACACAGCUGUGAGUUUUUUAUAUAGAACACCCAGGUCUACCAAUCAUCUAGAUGAGAAGGGCAGCAGUAGGCCCAUAUUUACAGACCAUCUGGAUUAGGUACAGCUUUAUGUUAACAUUCAAAUGUAAUGAUGUAGAGUGUGUUUUGUUUUGACAGUGUGGUGAGUGAGCUCUGUCUGGUCACUCGAGAUGUAGAAAAGCGUUCAAAAAAACAAUAAAGGGAUGAUGACUUGCUCGCAAAUGGUGAGUUUAUUUAGCCCAAAUAAUGCAGUACCAAAAACCAGGUGCAGUAUUUACAGGUGAUUGAAAAAAACACAGGUGCAACAAUAAAAAAAAGUAAUAAGGACAAACCUUUUUAAAGGCGGAAAUCAAAACCCAAACCGCUCAAAAAUGAAUGUCUUUCUCUUCUUCUCUUUUGCUUCAACAAUUUCUCUCACCAACUCGCUCUCUAUCCAACCUAAUCUCCCCCCGAUGAAGUUUGGCCACUCUAUUUCUCUAUUUAAAGAUCCAUGCACACGCUUUUUUCAUGCUACACAAUCCUAAAGAAUUUAACCUUGAUGUCUCAGUAAGGUGUCUGUAACUUUUCAUGCCAAAAAGCUCUGUAAAAUCGCCCACACGGCCCGUCUAAAAAUGUGUGUUUUAAGCUCUUAUCCACAGCGCUCUGUUUUAGGGCUGUGUUGCAAGCAAAGUUGAUCGCAACACCCCUUUGAGGAAGCACAUAGCCGUGAUCUGCCGUGGGGAUCAAAAGUCACGUUCACUGAAUCCACUGUAACAGUGAAACUGGCUACCUCAUCCUCAUAGUGGAAUUCAACUACGACCUUGAGGCCAAACAUACUGUCAUGUAUGGUUGAUGAUCCAGGACUGGAGCCAGUAUGAUUGAAUGUGUAUUCAUUACAGAACACAUUUAAUGUACAGUAUAUCAGACAAUUCAAGACUGACUGCGAAGCAACUAGUAGCUCAGUGUUCCAACAUCCACAAACGGCAACUGCUAUCACAACUUGAGAUUGAUGAGAUACAACACAAAUGCUACGGCAAGGGGGAGCCAGGACGCCAGGUCAGAGGGGAGGUUUCACCAUCUCCCCAACCGGAAAUUGGGUACGAAGCCCCAAUAAGCACAGAUAUGCUGAGCGAGGCAGCAACUGACCUGAAAGAUAAGAUCAUGGCGAGAUUGAACAGGCAACCCCGAACCCCACUACAACGGCUAAGUGAAGUACCAUCAGAAAGUCUCAUGGAAGAUGUGAAUGCAGCAUUGAGAGCGAUCCCUACCACAACAAUCACAGAAACCAAUGAGCUGAUAUACGCUUCAGCAUCAGUGAUCCUAGAGGUGCUUGGCUAUAAGAGCAAGAGCAACCAUGGGAGCCAUGAGAAACAAUACCCACCAUGGAAACAAAGGUUGGAGGCAAAAAUCAAGGCAACUCGGAGGGAAGUGAGCCAAAUGACAGAGGCCCAGAGAGGUGCAAUGAAAAGACCGAUGCCCAAGAGGUACAGCCCAUACCUGAAGCACUCGAAACUGCCAAGCAAAGGCUACAAGCCUUGGCCAGCCGCCUAAAGAGAUACACCAGAGACAACGAAGCCAGACGAAUAAACCGGCUGUUCACAACACAACCCGCGAAAGUGUACUCUCAAUGGCAGGGUAAUAACAGCAGAGCACCACCAAGGCUGGAAACUGAACAGUACUGGAAGGGUAUAUGGGAAAGGGAGGCAUCACACAACAGCAAUGCACAGUGGCUGGUGGAUCUGAGGGAAGAUCACAGCAACCUCCCUGAACAGAAUCCAGUGACUAUCACAGUGGCAGACAUCCAACAUAGAGUCUCAGGUAUGAAAAACUGGACAGCACCUGGCCCUGACAUGAUCCACGCCUACUGGCUAAAGAAGCUCACUGCAAUCCAUGAGCGCCUGGCAGCACAAAUGAACCAGCUGCUAAGGGAUGGGACUCACCCUGAAUGGCUAACCGAAGGGCGAACGAUCCUGAUAAUGAAGGAUCCCUCAAAGGGUACAGUCCCAUCCAACUACAGUCCCAUCCAACUACCGGCCAAUAACCUGUCUCUCCACAACAUGGAAGCUCAUGUCAGGCAUCAUCGCAGCUAAGAUAAGUGGGCACAUGAGUCAAUACAUGAGCGAAGCACAGAAGGGCAUUGGUAAGGAUACCAGAGGAGCCAAACACCAACUCCUGGUAGACAGAACAGUCGCCCAAGACUGCAAAAUGCGACACACCAACCUGUGCACAGCCUGGAUCGACUACAAGAAAGCCUAUGACUCAAUGCCACACACAUGGAUCACUGAAUGCUUGGAGGUGUACAACAUCAACAGAACUCUAAGGGCCUUCAUUGCAAACUCGAUGAGGUUGUGGAAAACCACCCUUGAAGCCAAUGGGAAGCCACUUGCCCAAGUAUCCAUCAAAUGUGGCAUAUACCAAGGAGAUGCACUGUCCCCACUGCUGUUCUGCAUAGGUCUGAACCCCCUCAGCCAAAUAAUAAACAAGACUGGCUAUGGAUACCGACUCCGGAACGGGGCCACCAUAAGUCACCUCCUCUACAUGGAUGACAUCAAGCUGUACGCCAAGAGUGAGCGAGACAUCGACUCACUGAUCCACACCACCAGGAUCUACAGCUCGGACAUCGGGAUGUCAUUCGGGCUCGAGAAAUGUGGGAGGAUGGUGACAAAGAGAGGCAAGGUAAUCCACACAGAAGGGGUCUCACUCCCAGAAGGAACAAUAGAAGACAUUGAGGACAAUUACAAGUACCUUGGAAUACCACAGGCAAACGGCAACCUUGAACAGGCAACAAGGAAUGCGGCAACAGCCAAAUACCUCCAACGAGUAAGGCAAGUCCUAAGAAGCCAGCUCAAUGGCAAGAACAAAUCCCGGGCAAUAAACAGCUACGCUCUGCCAGUGAUCAGAUACCCUGCGGGAAUAAUAAGGUGGCCAAAGGAAGAGAUACAGACCACAGAUGUUAAGACACGAAAGCUCCUCACCAUGCAUGGAGGGUUCCACCCCAAAUCCAGCACCCUGAGACUGUACGCUAGCCGCAAGGAAGGAGGCCGAGGACUAGUGAGCGUGAGAGCCACUAUCCAGGAUGAAACAUCCAAGAUCUAUAAGUACAUCAAGGAUAAGGCCCCGACAGAUGACGUGCUGAGUGAAUGUCUCAGGCAGUGGAGAACAGAGGAUGAGAUGCUGGAAGAGGGACCAUCAUGGGAGGACAAGCCCUUGCACGGGAUGUACCACCGGAACAUAACUGAAGUGGCUGAUCUCAACAAAUCCUACCAAUGGCUUGAAAGGGCUGGGCUGAAGGACAGCACAGAGGCACUCAUCCUGGCCGCACAGGAACAGGCCCUGAGCACCAGAGCCAUAGAGGCCCAGAUCUACCACACCAGACAAGACCCAAGGUGUAGACUGUGCAAAGAGGCCCCAGAGACGGUCCAGCACAUAACUGCAGGGUGUAAGAUGCUGGCAGGCAAAGCAUACAUGGAACGCCAUAACCAAAUGGCUGGCAUAGUAUACAGGAACAUCUGCGCGGAGUAUGGACUGGAAACCCCAAGGUCAAAGUGGGAAACACCUCCCAAGGUGGUAGAGAACGAGCGAGCCAAAAUCCUGUGGGACUUCCAGAUCCAGACUGACAGAAUGGUAAUGGCGAACCAACCAGACAUUGUGGUGGUGGAUAAAGAGCAGAGGAAAGCCGUAGUGGUGGAUGUGGCAAUACCAAGCGAUGGCAACAUCAGGAAAAAGGAACAUGAGAAACUAGAGAAAUACCAAGGGCUCAGAGAAGAACUGGAGAAGGCUUGGAAGGUGAAGACCACAGUGGUGCCUGUGGUGAUCGGAGCACUAGGGGCUGUGACCCCCAAACUGGAGGAGUGGCUACGACAGAUCCCUGGAAAAACAUCCGAAAUCUCAGUCCAGAAAAGUGCAGUCCCAGGAACAGCAAAGAUACUGCGCAGAACCCUCAAGCUCCCUGGCCUCUGGUAGAGGACCCGAGCUUGGAAAGGGGAUGAGACCACCCGCGGAGGGUGAGAAUAG